AUGGCGCCAUCAAAGGCCACAACCCAGGUCAACGAGGCUGCUUUGGAGGAAGGCACCAUUGGAGAGGCUUCUACUCCGGCUUCACAGACACCCACAGCCACCCCGUCGAUUAUCACAUCAUCUUCGAGAGACGCAAACAGCACAGAUGCGCUGCAACGGCGCGAUCCUCCGAUCUGGCAGAAGCGACUCGCCAAUGCAGUCCCAGCGCCGCUCCGACGCGCUUGGGAUGUCACAGUCCGAUGGGUCCGAGGCCCUCAACCGCCACAUAUCUAUCGCAUCAAACCUUUCUUCCCGCGCGUGCAGCACUUUCCCAUCCACAUCGUCAACCGCAUCGCGCCCAGGCCGUUCCACAAAUUCAUCCUCUUGGUCAUCCUCUACGCCGCGUGGAUAGCGGCCUUUGCGACUUUCGUGACCAAGAAUUCUGCCGCAGACGACAUUCUCGGAUAUGGUCAGCCAUCUCGACUCGGAUGUGGUGCGACAUACUGGAGCGUCGGCAACGGUUGCGGACUGAAUGGAGUGGGAUGCAGACCUUUCUCCAAUGCCACGCUCGCUUUCCGCUGCCCGGCUGAUUGCCAAAAGACCCUGGUCCUCAACCCUCGCGCAGUCGGCACGCAGGAAAUCGUCUAUCAGCCGCUCGUCGUGGGAGGUGGACCUAUGAACCAGUCGGUCGUGGGGUUCCAACCAGGAGACCUCGUCUCUGAUACUGUGUACCGAGGUGACAGCUUCAUCUGUGCAUCCGCCAUCAAUGCUGGUUUCUUUCCGGCCAGCGAAGGAGGCUGCGGUGUGUUGACGCUUGCGGGAGAGCAAGCAUCCUUCCCAGGCCGCGAUGCGAAUGGGAUCCCGGGAGUGACCUUCGACAGCUAUUUCCCGCUGUCCUUUGGUUUCCUCUCCGGCACGCGCGCUGACUGCCGAGAUUACCGAUGGCCUGCUCUUAUUCCGUCAGUGAUUUUCACCGCCCUGCUCAGUCUUUUCACCACGAACCCGGCUGUACACUUCUGGUCGCUGUUCACCAUGUUGUUCUGGCACGUCGGUAUGAUCUCGGACCCACCGCACGAUGGGGCUUCCAGCGCCGCCGCCCUCGCAAGCACCGCCUUUGGACGUUUCCUCCCAGCGUGUUUCUGCGCUGCGGUCAUGUACCACUUCGCCAUCCGUCGAUCGCUCACAGGCCUCACGGCUCAGUUCGAAAAGACCGUACUCUGGUUGGGCCCCGCCUGGGUCGGCUCCCUCAACAACUACACCUUCGACAAGAUCCCCAUCCAGCGCCUGACACCCCACGACCUCGCCGCCCAACCCGGUGCUAUCCCCGCGCUGAUCGCCAUCGUCGCCGUCAUCCUCGUCGUCGCCCUCGGCCAAGCCUGGUUCUUCCGCCAAGAGGGCCGCAUGCCGCGCUACCUCGCCGUCUACGGUGUCCUCGGCGGCUCGCUGAUCAUCAUGCUCGCCUUGCCUGGUCUCAGCCUGCGCCUGCACCACUACAUCUUAGGUCUCCUUCUCCUUCCCGGCACGAGCAUGCAGAACCGCCCGAGUCUCGUGUACCAAGGUCUCCUCCUGGGCCUCUUCAUCAACGGCGUCGCGCGCUGGGGUUUCGCGAGUAUCCUCGAGACCCCCGCGGCUUUGCUCAAGGGCUCCGCCCAGGGCAGCAUCCUCCCCGCGGUCGCCGUCAUCGCCGCGUCGGCCGCCAACGCGAGCAUCACCUUCAACCUGGGUCCUCUCCCCUUCACCUCGCAGAACUUCUCCUCCGCCGAAGACCCCGUCACAUACGACGGCAUCAGCGUGCUCGUCAACGACGUCGAGCGCCUGCACCUCUUCGCCGACGACAUCUCCUCGACGGACAUCUCCGCCCCCGCCAAUCUCACCUGGACGUGGCACCGCCACCGUCUAGGCAGCGACCUCGCCGCUCUGAUGAACUCCUCUUCGUCCUCUCCGGCCGGAAAGAGGAAUUCCUCCCUCGCGGCGUCCCCCGAAUAUUUCCGCUUCGCGUACAUGUCCAACGGCAACGUCGGCGACUACAGCCAGGCGGGGACGUGGGACAGGGAUGGCUCGUGGAAGGCCAUGGCGCCUGGACCGUCGUUGAGGAAGAGGGAGGGUCCGAGCGAGGAACGGGCGGAGAGGGUAGGAGGCUCUGGAGGAAUUUAG